AUGAACUUGCCCGCUGAUGUCGCUCUCGGUCGUUUGGACAAGUUCACGCUGAAUGCCGCCAUCCGGCAGUGUGCGAGAACGGAGAGAUGGCAUUGUGCAAGCAUCUUGGGGGAGCUCAUGCAGACUGAGCGUGUGGAGGUGGACAUCAUCGCACUCACGCAGAUUGUUGCUUCGUGCUCCAGGACCAGCGAGUGGCAGCGAGCCAUGGACGUAAUGGUGGGUGGCAAGCAAGGGAAGCUGCAGCCUGACGCGACCGCCUACAACGCGAUGCUCUUGGGCCACCGCAAAGCCUCGGACUGGCCUGCAGCGCUUUGGACUGCUUGCGUGCGUGGGCGGUUUGGGGAGUCGAAGGAUGCCAGGGUGACUUGGACCGAAGGCCUCACGGCCUGCUGUGGAUGCCGGAUGUGGAAGCAAGCCCUGGACAUUCUGAAGCGACUGCAUCCUGUGCUGCGAGUUGACGUGGUAAUGCGCAGCACGAUGCUGUCGGCCAUGCCUGGGCAGUGGCAGCGUGGCCUGCAAGUCGCCGGAAACAUGGGAACAGAGCUGCUCCAAGUUGACGUGAUCGCCUGCAACGCGCUGCUGAGCACAGCGCACGGUACCCAAGAGGUGCAGUGGAAGACCAUCGCAGAGCAGCUGACGAAGCUUCAGAACAUGGGCUUACGGCUGACACCGGUGACGGUCAAAGUUGCUACAAGUGGACUCGCUGAGAGUGGACGGUGGCGCCUAGCCAUACAUGCCCUGGCCAGAAUGCGAAUGGACAGCUUGGAGAAUGACUUGGCUGUCUAUGGGACAGCGGUGCAUGCAUGUGUGACAAGGUGGGGUGAUUCAUUCCAGCUGCUGAAGAACCUUGGAAUGUCCUGCAUCGAAACAAGCACUGUGGUUAUAGGGGCGAUCAUAGCUGCAUGCGGCACGGAUCAGAGGUGGGCUCAGUCCUCCCAGCUACUUGCCGAGCUGCGGACCAACGCACUCAGGGUGAGUCCAGUGGCACAGAAUGCUGCGCUGAGCUCUUGCGGCCAAGCUCAUUCUUGGAAAGCUGCACUGGUACUCAUGGAGACCGGAGGCUGUGGCCUCGAGACGGACAUCAUCAGCUUUGGGGCAAUCCUCCAAGCUUGCGGAGACUGGGGUUUGGCCACGCAACAUCUGGAGGUCUCGCGCCAGAGGGCUCUUCAGACGGACAUCAUCACGCUGAAUGCGGCCUUGGGCUGCCCGGAAAGGACGAUGCGCUGGAACGGCGCCCUCGCCUCGCUGCAACAAUUUGCGCAGGCUAUGCUACAAGUCGAUGCUGCGUCGGACAAUAUUAUCAUCAGCGCCUUGGGGAAAGCAGGCUCCUGGAACCUCGCGGCCGAGACCGCCUCGCGCUUCCUUCAGCGCCGCCCAGCAGAUGUUGUUUCCCUUGGUGCCACCGUGUCCGCUUGUGAGCGAGCUUCUUGCUGGCAGAAGGCCCUCCUUGUCCUCACCUCGUUCGCUGCGCACAGCCUUCAGCAGAAUGCUGUGGCAUGCAGCGCGGCCAUAGGCGCCUGUGAGAAGGCACAGCUUCAGCUGGCAAAAAGGCGAAAACGGCAGCUGCAUGCAGCUUCAUGGAAACGAGGCUUUCCUCAAGCCGCAGUGAGCCGAUUCAAGCCUGAGUUCUGGACCCCUGCGUCUGUUCAUGCGAAUGCACAGCAUGUAGAGGGACAGGGGUGCCAGCAAGCCGAUGCUGUGCCGAUGCUUUGUUUCUUUCUAAAGGGUGUCACGGCCACUCGGCCUACAGCAGAGUGGACAGACUUGACCCAACCUGCCCGACAUACAGCCCCGUUGCGACAUGCUACAGCCAUGUGCGUUCCGGCGGAAUGGGCAGAGAAGUUCUGGAUUGGCUGCCCCUUCUAUCAGGGCCGGAGUCACGACUGCCGCAUCGCCUGGAUGGAGGCUCAUGGGGAUCGCACCAAAAGAGAAGCUGCAGAUCUUUGCCGUCUUGUCCACAACACCCUCGCGGCCACGUGGCUUGCUGUGCUUGAUGCAUUGUGCUACUUUUUCUUUCAAGCUGGGAAGGCACCCCUGAAGGUGCUUCUAGCUGUACCACGUGGGCCAUGGCGUGGCGGCGGCGGUGCUGCCACGUAUCCUGGUGCUCUGCCGCCGUGGCUCGUGAGGCUCAAGCGAAGGUGGCACCGGCUACAGGUUGCCCGGUGCAAGGAUUUCGGGCCGGGAACUGGCCUGCUAGCGGCCGCGAGGAUUGUGCGGAAUCCGAGUGCUUGGAUUCUUGCAGUGGAUGAUGAUCACCAUUAUCAUCCGGAGCUUUCGACAAACCUGCUUCGUUUUGCGGCUGGCACGCCUGGUUCAGCUGUGGGCGCCCAUGGCUGGCUCGCACUGAGCGGUCAGGAUGCAGGCUACGCAGCGCAAGCUGCUGGGCCUGCCCUGGCCCGCAACCUGCGCAGCGGUGAUGUGCCCGCAGGACCCAUCCUGUGCCACUUCCUUGGCCUCCUGGUUCAAAGGGCAAUGCUGAACGGGCUUCGCCCGCCGGAGAGAGGGUCGGCUUGCAGCGAUCACAAUGACAUCUGGCUGUCUGCGCACCUUGCUAGACACCGCAUUCGGCGGGCAAUGGUCUCUGAUCCCCUGGGUGCCAGUGAUCUGUCCACCCAUCGAAAGCAGGGCCUAUCCCUAUCCCGGAGAAGACGCCGGCGACCGGAGCAUCGCUGUCUAUCAGAGUUUGCCAGCAAGUAUGGGGACGAGAUUUGGAGGCCGUCCCCCAGAGUCGUGCUGUACACCUUGCAGACCCCACUUGACAUCGGCUUAGAUGCAGAAGGGGGACCCUUAUUGCACGCCAUUUACAGCUGUGAGCCUCAAUCCGGAGCGUGGGACCGCGAUGGUGGCAACGGCGCGAGGUUUCUUUCAUGCUCCGAUACCUCCAGCGAGGAGGAGUUGCUGUCCCACGUGCUGCUCCGGGAACGCGAGGCUUCGACCAUCCUCGUGCUCCCUCCAUGGCUACCUCCUGCUCAGCGCUCCAGGGAGGCGGCAGACGCCAUCAAGUCGCUGCUCGGCUGCCUUGCUGCCCUGCCCGUCUCGGAGGCCUUCUGCGAGACAACACGUUGGCGGGCGGUGACUGUUGCCGCGCUCGCUUGCUUCAACAGCCAGGACGAAGGCCUGCAGCGGAUAUACGGCUGCGCCCACGCCAACUCCUGGGAGCAGAACCGAACUGGCUGGCCGGCCAGGGAGAUCUGCCGACUGCUUGUGGAGCGAAAGGCAGAGGUAAGCAGUCUGAAUCGCAAGGGGCAGAGUGCCUUGCACCUGGCUGGCCGCGCCGGUUUUCACGAGGUGCUAAAUUGGCUGUCUGCGCGCGCCGGGAAGCAGAUUGUGGAGCUACGUGACCACCAUGGAAACACGGCGAGAAUGUAUGGCCAGCAGGCGUUGGCAGCUGCGUCGCUUGCCCCGUCAGCCGGCCCAGCUUUACAGGCUGACCUCGCCGACAAGCCAGCCUUAAAGGCUACGGCCACUCAAGCAGCGACCGCUGCCAUGCCGCGGAUGCCUGCUGCUUUGCCUUCCACCUCGUCUUUGGUGGGUCAGGAGGCCGCUGCGACCCAGGCUACCAUGCCGGGCGCUCAAGAGUUCAACCUCUUCCAGGAGCCAGAGGAAUUCUCCAUUGCAACAGGUGUAAAUACAACUCCUCGGGCCAGGUGCCCAGAUGAUGACAUCGGUGCCAUUCUCAGUCUGCAGGCGGCGCGUGAGGCCAAGGUAAGUAGCAUGACAUCUGGCCACCCUGACGGCGGUCCAUGUGGCGGCUUGAACGACGAUGCUGGUGUGCAUGUCGGCUUGAGUGAUGAUGAUUCCAGUGGAGAGGAGGCGAAAAUCCGGAGAACGGAGGAGAUGAUGACGGAGGUCCUUGCCACCAUGAGGAUCGAUGAGUUUUGGAGCCACAGCUGGCAUGGCAACAGGCAGAUCAAGAUCAUGACAGCUUUGUUCUUGAGCAAUGGAAGAAUUGCGCCGCUGGUUGCCACGGCACUGGCGCUGAUGGCCAACGUGCUGUUCAUAGCCGGCAUACUGCCCUGGCUGCAGUACACUUUGGCAUCUUGUUGGGGCAGGUCUGUGGGGUUCGUGGUCUUUUGCGCCUGUCUCUUGUGCUGGCAGCCCCGGAAGACGAUUUUCAUGGAUGUCCUGUGCAUCAACCAGUAUGAUGCGAAGCAGAAGGGGAUGGCGCUGUUCAGCAUGCCGGCCUUUCUCAAGGCCUCGGAGUCUCUGCUUGUGCUGUGGGAUCCGUCCUAUACUCGGCGUCUUUGGUGCUGCUUCGAGAUUGCGGCAUUUCUGCACAGCCGGGAUAGCGGCCAGAAAGCACGUGUAACCGUCAGGCCUACGCUGCUAGGCCCUGUCUUCAUCUCGCUACCCAUUGGCUUGACCUUCGUUGUACUCAGUAUGGGAUUUGCCCCAGUCACUAGCGAUCGCAAAAACCACAACCACGCAGUGAUGUGGCCGAUGAUGGCACUGUUCACAUCUGUUGGGUUUUAUUGGAGCGUGGCCAAAUUGCGCGAGUUCUUCCGGUCUGUGGAUUCGCUUCAUCAUGAACUGCAGCAGUUCCGAUGCAACGACUGUCUGUGUCAUUGCUGUUCGGCUGGCCAUCGAAGUCCAGGUGGCUUCAGGAUGGCGUGUGAUCGCCGAGUCCUGCUUUCGUGCAUAACCCUCUGGUUUGGGAGUGUGGAGAACUUCGAGAGUCUUGUACGGUCCGAAGUCUUGUCCUGCCUGACCGAGCAGCUUACGUCGCAUGUUCUGACAUACAAGCAAUUUGCUGUCAUGGCUCUGCCCGUUCUCUGGCACUACCUGGACACUGCUUCCGAACCUCUGGAAUACAUACUCCACCCACGACCCCACAAAGUGUGGGUGCUUUAUGAGCUCUUACUUUCUUCUCAGGAAGUCAUCCGAGGAAUUGGCUGGGCAUUCUGCAGUUUGCCCAUCUUGUUCUUUGUGACCUCCAAGCUCACAUGUUGGUUGCGGAACAGAGCCGGGCGGUCCGAACGUAUGAAAAUGUGCAGCGACAUAUUGAUCAACUGCUCGAUCCUUCUCAUUGUGAUCGCGAUCUUCAUGGCGCUCUUGGCAUUGGAGCAGGUGUGCUUCAACCUUGACUCUGAUCGGUAUCGCACUCUCCUAGCUCUGACCGUCUACUUCGCACUUCAGUUUCUUUUUGGCCUGCUGCUUUUCAAGUGCAUUCCUGUCAAGAUGGGCCUUCAGCCAGUAGAAACAUCAUUGCCCAUUCCGACGGCCCCCGGCAUUGCUCAUGCGAUCUGUAGUCCUGAUGCGGUGACCUCCGAUGUGGAUGCAUCCAGCCCGCCCAGACCGCCUGCACUGAGCGCCCGGCGGGGCAACAUGUUGAGUCUCUAG